AUGCCUCAAAGUGGACCUCCCGCAGGUGUGCCGGGCAAAGACAUGAGCCUAUUCGCGGGCGAUGGUGAGAGAUCAGUUGGGGGGAGUAGAGGCACGAGGCAGCCAGCCUCGGAAAUAGCGGCCUCUUCGAGCGAGAAGCGGCGCCGCAAUGCGGAAAGGGCUAGCCGGAGAGAGGACGGCGAGGACGACGUGAGCGACGACGAGUCCGUAGACUUCCCUGAAGGAGAAGAGAAUGAUCCAGAGGCGAUCGAGACGCAGCUCGGCGGUGUACCGCAGCCUACGACACCCGAGAAGAGCAUUGACAAUCACACCUUACUGUCCCAGAUCUUAGAAAUGACACCGCAGAGCCAGAAAAUUGCUCUCGCGAUGUGGCAGCAAGGACAUAAGUCCCAGAAGUCAGGGAAGCCCACCAACGCAUGCAUAGAGGGUCCCCCGCUCACAGUCCUCUCCGAAAAGAAGAUCGGACUCUUUUCCGCGCGGAUGGCGCAGCCGCACCCACAACUCGCGGUGCUGCUUGUGAACGGGCACCACUUACCUCUCUCUCUGUGCACCACGGCGACUAUCCAAGACAUCUAUCACAACCCUGAGAAGCUGCACUUUAAGAAGAUGUAUGACCUCCAGGGAACGAAGAAGGAAAUGGUCGAUGUAGAGAGCUGGGCCAAGACCGAGCACAAGAUGCAGCCGGAGGAGUGGCGGGACGCGUGGCGCCAUUUCAUGGGUAUUCUAGAGCGUGUUUGCGACAAGCCCCUCCAGCGGCGUUUUGCUGAGCAUUUCACAUGGCUUUCCGAGCGGGAGGACUUCACGGAAUCUUUCCCGACUGUCCUCGCAUUCGACAUCGACAUUCGACGUGCUUACUUCAUGUCCUCAGCACCAUUCGAAGUGGGAUCCACCGACUAUAAGGAGCAUUUUGUGCAGGUUCAAAUGCGAUCCCUUCGUGAACUCGCAUCACAGGUGGCGGUGGCAGCAGCGGUGCCCAGCCGUGGGCGCUUCGACUACAGACGCUCCCCACCCGAUGCUCCUCCUGAGGCUGCAUCUGCCUCCGAUAAGCCCUUUCGCGGGGGCAGGGCACCCACAUCCGCCGGUGUGCUCUGCCUUAUCUGCGGCGAGAGCGGACACCGGGCAAACGCCUGCGUGCGAACCACAAUGCACAGCGGCAAACCCGUCUUCUCCACCUGGUCUGACAACCGACUCCUCGUCUAUUCAACACGAGCAGAGCUGUGUCUCGGCUGGAAUGUGCAAGGAAAGUCUCCCUGCAAGGGCCGUUUCUGCCCCGGAACAGGUGGACAUCGCUGCUCCUUCUGCGGUUCCAGCGGUCAUACCGCUACGAGUAAGCGGUGCCUCUGA